ACUCCGCUCCUUCCUCCGCCGGCCGCCCCCGGGCCAGCGCCCUGUUGGCAUGCUCCAAGAUGGCGGCCCCCACGGUGCGGCUCGCGGCGCUCCUGGCGCGGAGGGCUCCUCUGCGUCCGCUCACCCCGGCAGGUAAAAGAUGCCUGCUUUCUGCAGCAUAUUUGGACAGCCACAAGUGGGAAGCAAGAGAAAAAGAACAUUGUCACCUUGCUGAUCUAGCAUCUUUAAUGGAUAAAACAUAUGAGAGAAAGUUGCCUGUUAGUUCUUUAACAAUAUCACGGUUUGUGGACAACAUUUCAUCUCGAGAAGAGAUAGACCAUGCAGAGUAUUACCUUUAUAAAUUUCGACACAGCCCCAACUGCUGGUACCUGAGAGACUGGACCAUCCACACUUGGAUUAGGCAGUGUCUGAAAUACGGUGCACAAGACAAAGCCUUAUAUACUCUAAUAAAUAAGGUCCAAUAUGGAAUUUUUCCAGAUAACUUUACAUUUAACUUACUGAUGGAUUAUUUCAUAAAGAAAGAAAAUUACAAAGAUGCUUUAUCCAUGGUUUUUGAGAUCAUGAUGCAAGAAGCCUUUGAAGUGCCUUCCACCCAGCUUCUCUCCCUCUAUGUGUUAUACCAGUGCCUGGCAAAGAAGGCAGACUUCAGUUGGGAAGAGGAGAGGAACUUUGGUGCAUCCCUACUACUCCCAGGCCUAAAGCAAAAGAACUCAGUGGGGUUGAGCUCCCAGUUGUAUGGCUAUGCACUUCUUGGGAAGGUGGAAGUGCAGCAAGGGCUGCGGGCUGUGUACCAUAACAUGCCUCUGCUGUGGCAACCAGGAUACCUCAACAGAGCUCUUCAAGUGAUGGAGAAGGUGGCCUCUUCCCCAGAAGAUGGAAAGCUUUGUAGAGAAGCGCUUGAUGUGCUGGACAGGGCACUGAAGGCUCUGACCACUCCCGCCCAUGGGUCUUCAGAUGAGCAGCCCCAAAAGGGGGAAGACAGCCAAGGGCCAGAAGAACUGGUGGAACAGUUGAACAUGGAGGAAACUGAACAGUCCAAGCUUCCCCAGUAUGUGGAACGAUUUCAGUGCAAAGAGAAAAGAGUGCUGCCACAAGGAGAAUUCUUUGUAUGAAGAAGAAAACCUUCCCAUGCAUGCCAGCUGACCUGUUGUGUCAUUUGAGACAGUUGUAAAUUUUUAUUAUUACAUUUAAAUAUUUUCAGUAAUUUUAUUGAGCCAGCUAUUGGUUCAUUUAUAUCAAACCCCCAUGUUAGAAGGGGGACCUGUUGUAUUGUUAACAGCUGCUUCUCCCAAUAUUUCGCCAAGGUCAUUGCUCAACUUCCUUCUUGUAUAAUUUGAAAACUGAGAAAGAAAGGUUUACCAGUGUUCACAAGGUUAGGAAGCUAGGUUGAGAAUUAACUUUUCUGUUCUUUGCUCUUGACUUUGCCUAACUCUGAAGAUUUAGAAAGGUUAAAAAGCAAAAAAAAAAUGUGCCUAGCCCUUAGAUUAUCAUCCACGGUAUUCAUAAUAACCAAGGCUUCCACAAUACUCCUUGAAAUUACCACCUCUUUCUCUUGUUGCUUAUUUAUCUAAUCUCAGACAAUACAAAUCUGUGCCUGCAUUAAAUUCUCAGCCCUCAUUCCUCCACAAAUGCAUUUUUUUGAAAAUCAGAAAAAGCAAAGAGACAAAUAUUUAUUGUCUGCUACCUGGUUUGGGUACUGCUGCAUUUAUUUAGCCAACCAUAGCUCUGAAAGGUCCUGCUUUUCCCACAUGACAUGACACCAAGGCUGAGAGAAACUAGCCCUUAAGUGACUGACUUGGGAUUUGAACAGUUUGCUGACUCAAAAUUGAGUCCUUAUCCUAGUAUCCCAAGUUAUCUCUUUGGACUCAAAUUACAGAGAAAGUAAUGUCAGAAAGAAAUAACUUUCAUUCUACAUUUCCUUUUCUUCCUGUUGCCUGAUUUUUAUUAGCCUUGGCUACUUUGUUUGGGACCCAUUUUUAUAUGACUGACCCAUCACACUGGGCCUCUAGCCACUCCUUGAAGCCCGUGGACCCCGCCCACCUCCCAGUGCCCCAUUGGAGCAGAAGCCUCAUCACCUCUGCUGGGGAACUGCAUGCAUGGGACAUGGGAUAAGCUGCAGCGAGGGCUGUAAGUGGCUCGCUCUUGAUGAUCUGCAUCUUGAAACACUUAAGGAGCUUAGUGUUUUUAGUCCCUUACUUCUGCAGGAACACAAUACCGAGCAAACCAAGCUGCCGUUGCAGAUGGAGCUGCAGGCGGUCCGUCUGUAAAGGCUGACCUGCAGAGGAGCACGGCAGGUGGAGGCUGAGAAUAGUGCAGGCACUCAUGGGAGCUGGUUCGCAUGCCAUUAGUAAGAAAUCCUUGAAAUGAUUUCCGUCUGUUGAAAGGCACACUCGUUUGGCAAACAUUUAUCUCAGUUACUCUGGAAGAAAGGGUAUGGCGGGGCUUGCUUUGGUCCCUCAGCUGCUUCUGCCAUUCGUAUGCAUCGUAGGGUCCGCAUUGUAGGGUCCACUGCGUGGGUUGGUGCACAUCAGCAUGGACGUGUAGGUUUGCUGUACUAAUGCUGUCUUUGUGAUUUGAAGCCAGAAAUUACACAGGGAAUUGCAGCAUAUGGAGUUCCUUUUACUCUUUGUGAGUGAAGAGGGAGAAAUCCCAUGUGGUGCAUCGUAGCAGAAUUGCUGGGCUGAGGGAGAAGGGGCAGAAGCUGGCGUGCCUGGGUGAAAGGCAGCCCAGCAGGCUCCCAUAGUGCCUUGCCCUGCAUGCAGAAUGGGUAAAGAUGUUGCCAGUGACUUAAUCUCUUUUCCUCU